GUAUAUUAAAUAGUUAUAUUUGUUAAACCCAAUACAGUUGUCUUCCGAAGAGCUGAAAAUGCUAGGACUAAUUUAAAAUUCUGCGUGACAGAAUGAAAUUUACACGGAAGACAAUCAUCCUUAAAUAAGAAUCGGCAUCGCUUGAAAAGGUGAUACGGGGAAAAGCUGUUGAAGGGUCACACUGUACAAAAUUUCUGACAGACUGAGAGAGUCUCUAGUUCUACCCAAGGAAAUUGCCUCAAGGUUAUACUGCGUCGCUUUUAAACUGUACAAUUUUACCUUUAUCCCCAGCUUAUCAGCCUCAGCUUCAAAAUCAAUUAGACUUCGUUUAUAUCAAGAAUUAAUAAUUUAUUAAUGGACUGCAAUCGUGCCUAGUGGGACUAAGACACCUGGGCACCAUCUUCAGGCCCCAACCAGGCAGAAUGGCGACCAAGCGGAGAUUCAGGGAGCUGUUGGACGACGAUUGCUGCGGGGUGUGUCCCCCGUGCAGCUGCUGCAAGCCAGUGACCUGCUGUUGCCCGCCUUGCUGUCCAGUGCCCAAUUGCUGCCCGUGCCCGACUCCGAAGCCCUGUUGCCUUUACCCACCGUGCGACCCGAAGCCGCCAGAGUGUCCGGGCACGUGUCCGACGCCCGUGGCGUGCCCGUGCAAGGGCUGCGUGUACCCGGACCCACCGCCGCCGUGCCCGACGCCCACUCCGCCAGUGUGCCCCAUCCCGCCUUGCGGAUGCAUCCCGUAUAUUAAACCCAGGCCGUGUUGCUGCAUGCCGCCUUGCUGCAUACCUGAGCCGUGCACGCCACCCUGCCCGCCGGCGCUGUGUAAGCCGCCCAAGUAUUGCGACGACGCGGAUGAUGCGGUGCGACAGCGAUGCGAUGAUUCGGACGCAAAUGCGUCUUAUUGCCGCAGCGGGUCUUCUACGGGAUUCACCGGAUUUCAACGAAAUGAAGUGCUAAGGAAUCAGAAUGGAUGUGAGUUGUGCUACCAGGCUUGCCCGCAAGUGAUGUCUCCGCCACCGUGCCGAAUUCCAUCAACAUUUUUCCAGUCCACUUUCCGAGACGAAGACUUCGAAUUCACACCUGCUCGUAACUCCGCUUCGCAAUCUCUUCAAAGCAGGAGAGACUUGACUCAGAACUACGCACAGAGGAAAUACCAGUAGCUAAUGCUUGCUGCUCCUCUUUUGCUUCCCCAUCAGUGAACCAAUCGGUAGCGAGUACUGUACUUGUAGCAACGCGUGUGUUUCCAGAGUGACUCCACUUCCGGCUCAACUUUUCAUCUCUUGAUACUUUCUGCACAUCUUCAUUUUUUUCUUCGAAUUGCGGGUUAUUUACUCUGCGCAAUAUUUGGACUUCGGUUUACAAUGCACACGCACGAUUUUUUUACUGAAUGACGCUAAAAUACUUCGUGGGCGUAUGAGCAUGAAUACAUCAUGCCUUAAUCAGA